UAAGUGCUAGUAAUCUAGUAGACUCACCAGUGUGAGCACAUAUUUACAGUGCAGUGUGGAAGCUUGUUUUUAUUGUCGCUGCUUCGGUACAAGAAUAACCAUACUGUGCCGACGAACUUCGGCUAGUAGUUUGUGGCCACCUCAGUUUAUCCAAACUAAUUCAAUUGACACUUAGAGCAAUAAUAAUCGGAGAUGAGUUUGAAGCUCUAUUUCGAUCUCAUGUCCCAACCGUCGAGGGCUUUAUACAUAUUUCUGAAAAAGAACCACAUACAGUUCGAGCAAAAACUGGUCAAUCUUGGCAAAGGCGAGCAUUUGCAGCCUGAAUUCGAGAAAAUUAAUCCGAUGAAGAAAGUUCCGGUGAUUGAGCACAAAGGAUUACAUCUGACUGAGAGUGUGGCGAUAUUGCGUUACCUCUGCCGUGAAUUUCGCGUGGACGACCACUGGUAUCCAAAAGACUCGCAGGCUCAAGCGAGAGUCGAUGAGUAUCUGGAAUGGCAACAUCUGAAUACGAGACUGCACUGUGCGUCGUACUUCUGGAUCAAGUAUUUGUUGCCGAAGAUGCAGGGCGAGCCGCCCAAGCCUAACAAAGUGGCACAAUACGAGGAGCGGAUGAUCGAGUGUCUCGAUCAGAUUGAAAAAGUCUGGCUAUACGAUAAGAUGUUUCUCGCAGGCUAUCAAAUCACAAUUGCCGAUCUCCUCGGUGCUUGCGAGAUAGAACAAACUCGCAUCGCUGGCUUCGACGCAAGAGAUGGAAGGCCGCAUCUUGCCGCAUGGCUGGAUCGAGUCUCUCGAGAAACUGCUCCGUAUUACCAGGAGGCUCAAGUUAUUCUUAACAAAGUCGUCGAUAAAGCCAAGGAGAGCCGUAGCAGACUAUACGUGACUAUGAAGCUGGAGUUGUAUUUCGAUUUUUUAUCCCAGCCAUCCAGAGCAGUUUACAUAUUUCUAAAGACCUGUGACAUACCCUUCAAAGCGCACGCCAUGCAAAUAGUCAAUGGAGAUAACACGACCGAGGAAUAUCUAAAGAUUAAUCCAUUCGGCAAAGUUCCAGUCAUAACUCACAGAGGAUUCAAACUUACUGAAAGUGUUGGUAUCGUGCGCUACCUCAGUCGUGAGUUCAACAUUCCCGACCACUGGUAUCCGAACUCGUCGAUAGGUCAAGCUCGAGUUGACGAGUACCUCGCUUGGCAACAUUUAAACACUCGGCUCCAUUGUUCCCGCCUGUUCUUAGGAGGUGUAUUAUACCCCAUGAUGAGACAAAGGCCAGCAAAGCCAGAAGCAGUCAGAGGAUUUGAACGCGACGUGGUGAAAAGUCUGGACGCGAUCGAGAACAGGUGGCUGAACAAUCAGCCAUUCGUCGCUGGCAACGAGAUCAGCGUGGCCGACAUUUUCGCAGCCUGCGAGAUCGAGCAAACAAGAAUGGCAAGUUACGACCCACGAAAGAAUCGCCCCAAAUUGACCGACUGGCUGGAGAGGGUAGCUCAACGAACGUCGCCCCAUUACGCUGAAGCACACACGUACAUCGACAACGUUAUCGCUAAAUUUGCAGGAAGACCACCUCACACUUGCGCCAUUGCCGAAAUGUAUCAGUGAUGAUUUUUCGAAUGUUUUCGUGCUAUCAAACCUCGCUUUGGGAUUGUUGCAAAUAAAAAUACUGUGGUACGGGGACAAACUAAACCCUUAAAG